GUUCUGUGAACUUCAUACAAACCACCCCCCCACUCACCCCCAAUGCCGCACCGACUACCUGAACCGCCGCCGAGGAACAGCACUUGCCACCCAUUAUUCUCAGCCUCGAGCUCAAUGGCAGCCAAUACACAGGGCCAUCCUUGAAGGCAGAAACUGACAGCUGUCCUUUUGGUGUUUUCAGCACUUGCUCUCCAAGCGGUGUCGUUCCCGGUAUCGUACAGCAACUCGGGCGAACCCAACCUCGACUACUACCUUACGUCAAACGCAUCAGCUUCGACUGCCAACUGAUCAACCACACGCUUUAAUUCGUUCUCACCGGCAUAAAAUCGCACUCGAAAGGGAUAUAUUUUGAGGGAGAACAAAGAGGGGAAAACGCAUACAAUCACCUCACGAUUGCGCGACCCGGAGCGAGCUAAACACCUAAACAUGCGCCUCCUCGACCCAUCGCUCUCCCCCAUCCUCCUUGCGCUGCUCGCCCUCUCGUCUCCCACCCUCGCCGCCCGUCCGAAAGAUGCCAUCCUCCUCUCCGAGGUGAAAUCACUCACCCUGCGCUCCCCGGGCCAGACAACCUCGCGCCGCGUCCCGGCCAUCCCCCAGCUGCGAUGCCUCUCCCUGCGGGCCCUAUGCCGCCUGGCCGAGCCGAUCCAGACGAUGCGCUGCACCAACCAAGGGUCGUCGUACACGUCGCAGGACAUCGAGUGGGCGUGCGCGGCGACCGUGCCGUCGACCGUGCGCCUCGACCGCACCGAGGUCAUCUGCGAAGGGUACGACCACGCCGACGACGCCUAUGUGCUCAAGGGCAGCUGCGGGGUCGAGUAUACCGUGCGGCUGACCGAGGAAGGGGAGCGGAAAUACCCCGAGCUGCUGCGUGGAGGAGGAGGAGGAGGAGGAGACAAUGAUGAUAAUGCCCAGGUCGGGUGGGCAGAGAUGCUGUUUGGGCUGGUGUUUGUUGGCGUGCUGGGGUGGAUUGUGUACAGUGCUUGCGUGAGGGCAAGGGAGAAUUCUCGGGUUGGCGGGGGGCAGAACAGGAGGAGACGAGGAGGAGGAGGAGGUGGUGGUGGUGGCGGUGGAUGGGGCCCUGGUUGGGGACCUGGCGGCGGCGGCGGCGGCGGCGGCGGUGGUGGUGGUGGUGGUGGAUGGGAUGAUCCACCGCCGCCGUAUCCGGGAUCGGGGCCUAAGCCAUCGUCGUCGACGGCGACUGAGCAAGGGUGGAGGCCUGGGUUCUGGUCUGGGCUGGCGGGCGGUGCCGCAGCGGGCUACAUGGCAGGAAACCGCGGGCAAAGGAACAAUGAUCGCAACUACGGUACGGGUGGCGGUGCUGGAAGCUGGGGCUCUGGCUCUGGCUGGGGCAGUGGGAGGUCAUCCAGUUCGAGCAGCUCAGGUUCAGCACCACGGCACGAAAGCACAGGAUACGGGUCCACCAGUCGUCGCUGA